CUAUCUUCCCUCCGCCGUCUCUUCUCGCGGUAACGUUAGUGUACUGUUAGCUUGCUAGCUAACCCCAUCGUUUCCAGGUUUCGUGUCGACCUGAAAAAAAGCAAACGAAGAGAGACACAGAAAGGCUACGCAGCCGAAUACCUUUUAAACGCAGGCUGCAUUGAGGAGCGGGACAAUGCCACACAACUUCCAGCCCGGAGAUCUGGUCUUCGCUAAAAUGAAGGGGUACCCCCACUGGCCAGCCAGGAUUGAAGAUGUGGCUGAUGGGGCAGUGAAACCACCUCCUAAUAAAAUCCCAAUUUUCUUCUUUGGGACACAUGAAACAGCAUUCCUUGCAGCUAAGGAUCUUUUUGCUUAUGAAAAGUACAGCGAACGCUAUGGAAAGCCUAACAAAAGGAAGGGGUUCAAUGAAGGUUUAUGGGAGAUCCAGAACAAUCCACAUGCCUCCUACAGUGCCCCGCCUGUAUUCACACUAGGGCGUCCUGAUGCCCAGCAGUUUAAGCCAGCCAGCUCGUCUGACAGCGAGGUCAACAAUGCCGGAGGAGGGAGCGAUGACGAUGACGAUGAGGAAGAGGCCCCGGUUCCUCAGAAAGUAGAGUCGGCAAGUGAGGUUGACUCUGAUUCUGGGAGUGAAGACCAAGGAAAGGGAGGAGGAGUGAAGCGAAAGCCACCACCUGUGAAGCGGCCUCCCCCUCCAAAAAAGGCUCGCGGCUCAUCCAGUGACCGAGAUGAAGGGGAGAGUGGAUCCCCCUCUGAUUCAGAACCCACACCUUCAGAGUCUGAGUCCGGCAAGAACAGUGACCAGGAUUUUACUCCAGAGAAGAAGUCUGGUGGACGAGGUGGAAAGAAAGCAGGAGGAAGAGGGAAGAAAAAGAAGGCUACGUCUGCAUCGGACUCCGACUCGGGAUCAGGGUCAGAGAAGAAAGCAGUUGACAGCGACUCGGAGGACCAGAAGCCUCGGCCAGCUUUGUCUGGCUCUGAAUCCCGAUCUGGCUCAAAGUCUGACUCCGACUCAGAUCCACCUCCCCGGAAGGGCCCACAGGCACGCAAGAAAGAGAAGCCCCCACCAAAGCCUCGUGCACGGAAACCCAAACCCGCCCCGGCAAAACGAGCACCUUCAUCCUCUUCGGACAGCGAUAGUGACAGCGACACUGACCGCAUCAGUGAUUGGAAGAAACGAGAUGAGGAACGCAGACGAGAGCUUGAGGAGCGCCGGAAAAAGGAGGAGGCAGAGGAGCUCCGCAGGCUACGUGAGCGAGAGAAGGAGGAAGAUGAGCAAAAGAAAAAAGACAAAGAUAAGGCUAAAAAAGGGAGCGACAGUGACAGCAGCAGCUCAGACGGAGGUGUAGAUGAUCACCCAUUGAAGAAGUCCAAGAAACCCCCUCCACCCCCAAUCCCUGCACCCUCUGACUCUGAUUCUCCAACUGAGGCUAAGAAGUCAUCCAAGAAGCCUGACAACCAGAAGAAGGCAAGAAUAAAGAAAGAGAAGGAGAGAAAAGAGAGAAAGGAGAAAGAGCUGAAAGAGAAGAAAGCCAGACGGUCAGAAGAGAAGUCCAGAGCAAGGUCCAAGCCUGAAAAACCCAGACGCAAACCAGAGAGGCCGCCAGAAAAGAAAGUGGAAAAAAAGAAGGAGCCAUCGCCAGAAGAAAAGCUACAGAAACUCCACACUGAUAUCAAGUUUGCACUGAAAGUGGACAACCCAGACAUAGACCGGUGUCUACAAGCCCUGGAUGAACUUGCAGCAGUGCCUGUCACCAGCCAGAUCCUCCAUAAGAACGCUGAAGUUAUUGCAACACUAAAAAAGAUCCGGCGGUACAAAGCCAGCAAUGCAGUCAUGGAAAAAGCUAGUGAGGUCUACAACAAGUUAAAACUUCGCUUUGUGGGAAAGCCAGACGUGGCAGCUAAACCUCAAACAGAGGACAAGGAACCAGAAGAUGAUGAGAAGAAGACACAAAACACAGACUCCACUCCAGUGAAUGGGGAAUCGGAACAGAAAAAAGAUAAUAUGGAGGUGGAAGAAAAUCCAAAAUCUCCUGCCCAUGAGGAGAAUAAUGAUGAUGAUACCGCUUCAAGUCCAAUCAGACGGAGCCCAGACAGCCCUGCUGAACAACAGCUUCACUCAUAUGAAGGAGCAGACAACUCCAUCUCCGCAGAGACGGAACCACCUGCUGUAGAAAGCUGAAAGACCCUUAACCACCACUGUAGUGGACCAAGUGCUAAAGAUGGUGGCCUCUUUGUUUGGCGUCAUACAGUGCUCCAACAUUGCAACACAUACCCAGCAUUUCCUACAGUAUCUGUUACGUCAAUGUUGAUGUUUUGGACAUUUUGUACUACAAUGAUAUCAAACCAGAAGGCCCUGUUGCUCAAACCAGUUGGUCCAUUAUUUAUCACAGCAAAAAGGAAAGCUUAUUAGUGUGAUAGUUUGUGGCGCUGCGCCAACUCCUUUUACUUCUGAAAAUGUACUUUUUCUUUUAUACAACACUCAGCCCGUCCUGGAUCUUCACCCUUUACUUCUGCUACUGGCUACUUUGUUCUUUCUACCACAUGAACUCUUACUUUGGUCUUUCAUACCGUAUGUAUAUUGAAUGAUUACAUUUUUAGCACUUCUAACCUUAAAUUAGGCUGGGGUAGUAUGAGAUGAAACUUCAAUGAUUCUCUAGGGAAAAUGGAGCCAUGCCGUUAAUUUUUUCGCUAGGAAGAUUUGGUGCAGCCCUAACAUCUGUUGGCUUCAUUUUUUUUUUUUAUAAAGCCUACAAAACAUCAAAAAGGCCUCUUGUCUGUGUGUAUGACAUUGUGAGAGUGGUAAAGUACUAUUGUGAGUCUUUUAUGUUAAGUAUUUUUUUAAAUUAUCUGGUCUUGAUCCAGUUAAUCCAGUCUGAAAUGUAAAGCCAUUAAUUGAGUCCCUUAAAACUGUUUUACAACUGAGGUCAACCUACUUUUUUAUAGCCUUGUUUGCAAAUAUUUGCAUUUACAGUUUUGUCUAAAACAAUAAUUGCUGUGGAGUUAAACACCUUGCACUCUCGUCUCCCCAUAGUGUCUGCUUUCAGUAACUUGCGUAAUACAUGGAAUAGAUGUACAGAUUGAAAACUGCCCUUAAAAGCUAUUGAGAUCUCAUGUAGCUGCAGCCUAUUUUGACAUUUUCCUGUCAUGCAUACAACAGGUGUUUUUAGUGCUAUGUAAAUUGGUAAAGCAUUUCUAUCACUUAGUUGAGACUUGAAUAAAAAUCUCAGCAUGG